AUGGUUGGGAGAUCCCGGCGGCGCGCAGCGGCCAAGUGGGCAACUGUACGGGCCAAUUCGGGACGCAGCCCGGCGGACGAAAAAGACGACGACGCCGAAUUGCCACCUUCACCCGGGGACUCCAGCUACUACCAAGACCAGGUAGAUGAUUUCCAUGAGGCACGAUCCCGGGCUGUCUUGACUAAGGGCUGGAAUGAAGUAGACAGUGGGGACGAGGAGGAGGAUGGCGAUGAAGAGGAGGAGGUACUAGGCCUAGAUAUUGACGAUGAGGACGAUGAAGAUGGUGAAAGUGUUGGGGGUGAGGAGGAUGAAAGUGAUGAUGAUGGUGGAAGCUCCAUGCAGAGCGAGACUGAGGCCUCUGUGGAUCCCAGUUUGUCGUGGGGUCAGAGGAAGAAACUUUAUUAUGACACGGACUAUAGCCCCAAGUCCCGAGGCCGCCAGAGUCAACAAGAAAUAGAGGAGGAAGAAAGAGAGGAGGAAGAGGAAGCACAGAUCAUCCAACGGCGGCUAACUCAAGCUCUUCAAGAGGAUGAUUUUGGAGUCACUUGGGUGGAGGCUUUUGCAAAACCGUCGCCCCAGGUAGAUGAGGUCGGGACACAGGUUGUGAAGGAUUUAACGAAAGUUUCGGUGAAAGAGAAGCUGAAAAUGCUGCGGAAGGAAUCACCAGAGCUCUUGGAGUUGAUAGAAGACUUGAAAGGCAAAUUGACAGAGUUGAAGGAUGAGUUGGAGCCAUUGCUAAGGUUGGUGGAGCAAGGAAUCAUUCCACCAGGAAAAGGAAGCCAAUACUUGAGGACCAAGUACAACCUCUACUUGAACUACUGUUCCAACAUUAGUUUUUAUUUGAUCCUGAAAGCUAGGAGAGUUCCUGCACAUGGACAUCCUGUCAUAGAAAGGCUUGUUACCUACAGAAAUUUGAUCAACAAGCUGUCAUUUGUGGAUCAGAGGCUGUCCUCUGAAAUUCGUCAUCUACUUAAACUUAAAGAUGGUACUGGAAAGAAAGAAUUUAAUUUCAAAGUAAAAUCCACCAAGGCCAAGCCAAAGUCUGUUUCAGAGACUUCUGCUGCUACUUCUGAUGUUACAGAGCUUUCUGAUGAUUCUAAUUUUGUUAAGGAAGCUGCCCUGAAAUACUGUAAGGAAAUAGAAGAGGGACAAAAGUUGAAGAGGAAGAAAGAAGAAAGCACUGAAGAACAGGCUCUUGAAGAUCAAAAUGCAAAGAGAGCCAUUACCUAUCAGAUUGCUAAAAAUAGAGGACUUACACCUAGGAGAAAGAAGAUUGAUCGAAAUCCCAGAGUGAAACACCGGGAGAAGUUCAGAAGAGCCAAAAUUCGCAGAAGAGGCCAAGUUCGUGAAGUACGCAGAGAAGAGCAACGUUACAGUGGUGAAUUAUCUGGCAUCCGUGCAGGAGUUAAAAAGAGCAUUAAACUUAAAUGA